CCAGCGUCAAUAUGUCAUAAACAUUGCAUUCUUUCAUAGUUUAUAUUAAGAUUCUGUUUUAAAAAAUACUAUCCUUUCGCCCAGGGGUCAUCCUCUUUCUCCCUCCUCUAAUUUCUCUUCUCUCGGUACUUGAACUCUUCUCCUAUUGGUUUAUUGAUAUUUCUAUUAAAGGAAAUAAUAGAAACUUGUAUGGCCAUCUUUUUUGCGGAAAUGCAACGAAAUAAUGAUAAUUACUUUGAUAAUUAAAUUAACAAAAUGAAGAAAAACUGCAACGGGAAAGAUUUCUUUUAAAAAGUAAACGAAAGCGAUUGUACGGAUUUUUGCAGAACGAGAGGACAUCUGGCAGUAGGCGUUUGCAGUCAAAUAGGAAUCUCCGUCAAUCAUUCACUACUGGAAAAUCGAAGAAAUAGUUUAUCGAGAUAAGCUGGUCAGCUUAUUUAAUUGAUAUCACGUUUUAUGAAGUAUUUCUUAGUGAGAGAAGAAGGGCAAUAAACUUAAUCAACAUGCUCAGAUUUGAAAGAAGCAAAAAGGAGGUUAAAACCCCAGAAGUUGGCCUAAAAGAGCAAAGAAUUCGAGAAAUUUGGACUGCCCCAGUUAAAAUAGCUGGUUUAGGCAUGUUUGAUAAAUUAAACGAAGACGCUUCAGUAGGCCGAAAUAGACGGCACUCGAGACGGCAGAGAAGAGAUACACUUUGUGCACUAACAGCGUCCAUUUUGAACAAUCAAGAAGCCGGAUAUGAAAGAACGACGAGCGUGGAAGAACAAGAACUACUCUACGUAUGCGAAACCGGAGAUGUGAAAAAAUUAAAGAACCUAUUGAGAAGAAGUUCGGAAGUAGACGUUAGCGUAACGGACACGUUGGGGCGAACACCUCUGCAAUUAGCGAUUGCGAACGAACAUCAGGAUGUUGUUGAAAUUAUCCUAGAUAGAGUUGACUCGAGGGCAAUUCACGAGGGUCUCUUGUUAGCAAUAACGUUAGCCUUCGAUGAUAUUGCACUUACUAUAUUGGAACAUCCAAAAUAUGAAGAGUUUGACGCUGCACACUUUAAACAAGGAUCUAGGUCCAGUUCCGAUAGACGGGGUACUAUUCACGAAGAUGAAUUGGACGAAGAUUGUUCGCAUUGGAGCACCGAGACGAGUCCUUUGAUUGUUGCAUCUGAGCAUAACAGGUAUGAAGUGGUUAUGGCCCUACUAAGGAAAGGUUCCGUUAUCGAUAAACCUCAUCAUCACGCCUGUUCCUGUUCGAAUUGCGUUAGGAAAGCUACAUCUGACGAGUUGAAAUUUGCAAAAUCCCGUCUAAACGCCUAUAAAGGAUUGGCUAGCGAAAGUUAUAUAAGUUUAAGCAGUAAAGAUCCAAUCCUUACAGCUUUUCAAUUGGCAAGGGAGUUGCGAGACGUUGCCAGUGCCGAAAAAUACUACAAAGCCGAAUAUACCGUUAUGGCUCAUUCACUUUCGGCCUACGUUGUUAAACUACUGGAAAAAGUACACGGAAAUGAAGAAUUGAAUACAAUCUUGAACGCUACUCAUGGAUGCAGUGAAUUAGAGGAUGGAGAGAGAUUAGCAAGAAUGAAAUUGGCUAUCGAUUACAAGGAAAAAAUGUUUGUCGCCCAUCCGAGUUGUCAAAAAAUGCUAACAUCUAUGUGGUACGCCCAAUACGGUUACGUUCUUCACAAAGCCUGGCCCAUAUGCAUAUUGUUUGUGGGCUCUUUGGUGAUUUUCUAUCCACUUUUGGUUAUCCUGUAUCUAAUAGCUCCGAAGAGUAAAAGCCAAUUUAAAAAAUUUAAUCAAGCAAAUACCCAUUUAAAAAGACUACUACUUAAGAUUGGAGACUUCCUUCGGACGCCUUGUAUAAAAUUUAUAGCCCAAACUUGUUCCUUUGUGGCAUUCCUUACAAUGAUUAUUGGGCAUAGUCUUCUUGAAAGGAGUAGGGGUUGUAUUCAUUUUCAAUUCGAGGCACCCUUUUCGAAAUUCUUGGAGGGAUUAUCGAAAAACCGAAGUUUUGACGUUCUUAUCCUAGCUAAUCUGAAUGGAAAUCGGGUCUGCACAAGGGAAUAUCAUCUAAGCGCUAUCCAAUUAGGCAUAUGCGUAUGGAUUCUAGGACUUGUUUGGCAGGAAUGUAAGCAGUUGUACAGUGACGGUGCUUUUACGCAUUUUUCAUCCAUAUACAAUUAUGUUGAUUUCUUUAUGCUCAAGUUUUACGUAGCAUCGUUCGUCUUGAGAUUUGUUACUUUCUUCAAGACUAAUCACGCCUUGAAAUACUUUAAACUCCACGCAUCUUGGGAGAAACUUGUGGCAAACGAUGCCGAAGCCAUGUACAACAGCUAUUGGAUAGUUGCCGAUCGAUACUACUGGGACAUUUGGGAUCCUUAUAAAUUAUCAGAGGCUUUUUUUGCUUUAGCUAAUAUACUCAGUUUCGCUCGUCUCUACUAUCUUUUAGCAAUAAACGAUCAUUUAGGACCUAUGCUUAUAUCGCUAGAAAAAAUGAUAAAGGACGUUAUGAAGUUUAUGGUUACUUUUGUCCUUCUAUUUGUUGCCUUUAUGGUUGGUUUGCAUAAUUUGUAUUGGUACUACGAACUGGAAAAUGUUAAAUCUAUGGAAAUUUUCAAGCAUAAUAUAACAACAAGAGCGGAAAGAGGAUUCGGAACAAUUGAAUUGACAUUUCGCACAGUUUUCUGGUCUAUUUUUGGUUUAGAAGAUUACAAAGUUGUUGAAUUAGGAAAAGCGUCUAAAGGACGAUUUACGGAGAGUGUUGGUUAUAUAGUAUUUGCUGUUUAUAAUUGGGGAGCAACUAUUAUUUUACUAAACAUGUUAAUAGCAAGAAUGACUAGAAGUUUUGAUAAGAUAGCCACCGACCAAGAUAUGGAAUGGAAAUUCGCUAGAUCUCGACUUUAUAUGGAAUUUAUCAAGGAUGGUUCAACCUUACCCGUUCCAUUCAAUAUAAUACCUUCGCCGAAAUCUUUUCUUUACAUUAUCAAGCACAUUGCCAAAAACUGCAAAACAAUUAGAGUACCCAAGACGCUUUUAUUACGUAAACAGUCUACUGGAAGUAGAAAUUCGGGUAAAAUGUCUCUGAACGACGGUCACGCCUUUCAAAUGACGACCGCCGUUACGUUGGACGAAGAGAAUUGUGAUGAUGAAAAAUUACUGGAAACUGCAUUGAAAUUGCAGCCGGAUAGGCGAUCAUACGAUAAGGUAAUCAAGAGGGUUGUUAAGCGAUUUAUUUUUGAUAACUUGAACGCAGCCAGCGUUAAUUCGGAAGGGAAUAACGUGGGUGGGGAACUUGACGAUGUUAAGAGAGGGGUUACGUCUAUUCAAGAUGAAUUUAUGACCUUGAAAGCUCAUCAAAAAGUUCUGCAGGAUAGUAUGUGUCAUGUGAAUACGAAAUUGACGGAAUUGUUGAAAAAUAGGGUAAUAUUAUGUAGGCCUAGGGAUGAUACAGCUGUUGAAACAAGACCUACAAGUAGAAUAAAUCAUGGAAGAAGAUCACAUGUCGAAUUGUUGGAAGAGAUACCGGAGAAGAAUGUUUUGCAUACGUCAGAAGUUUGAAGCAGAACAUAAAAAAACUGUAUAUGUUUUAAAUAUACAUAGAAAUUAUAUUCUGAUUUUUUUACCCUAUGCAGUUAAAACUUAAUUAAUUAAUUGAUUAAUUAAUUAAUUAAUCAUGAAAACAAAACAAACAAACAAACAGAAAUGUUAUAUAAUUACGUCAUUACGUUAUGUUAUUUUUUUAAUUGUUUUUUUUAUUUAAUUGAUAUUUCUCCUUUUUAUUUCAUUUCUGUAAGAAGAGAAUAAGAAAAGAAUAAAAAGCAUCUUUGGCCAGGAUGAUUUCCUAUUGAACAGACGUGUCUAUGUAAUUGAUUAUAUUGUAUACUAUGCGUAGUAUUCAACAAUCUCUUAAUUUAAGCUAUUAAAUCUUGUUCGUUCGCUGGCUAGCUAGCUAACUAAGGAGAAUAAUUAAUCACUAUUAAUAACCUUCAUUUUUUCAACACCACCCAAAGUGAUUUCAUUUUGAUAAAAAUUACUUCUAUCGACUUUAUUAACUCUAUAUACACAUCUAUUGCUCGCUAACAAUAAUGGAAUAAUCAGGAUACAACAAACCAAAAUCCUCAUCCGUAAAAUAAUGACGAAAACACCCACUACAAAAACUUUUUUUGUUUUUUAUUAUUACGAUUCAAUAACGCCACCUAGUGUCUUAGUAGAGAAACGGAAAAAAGCUUUCGAGUACUUAGCAUACAGUAUUGUCAGCUUGUUUAAUUUUAUUUUAGACAGAUUAUUUAGAUAACAAUUGAUUUAGAACAAAAUCAAUUAUUUCCUUUGUUUAAUAAAGCGUAUAUUCACAGAUGACAGUAAAAUCAUGAUAGACAAUGUGCUUAAAACAUAAAGAAAAGAGUUUAACACUUAUUAAUACGUUAAUUUUUUACUGAACAUACGUUCUUCUAUUUUAAAGGAGAGGAAGGAAAGCAGAAAGAAAGAGAGAGAGAGAGAGACAGACAGACAGACAGACAGAC